AUGGACUCCGAGUCCGGGAGCGACCUCGGCGACACCUUGAACGACGUUGCACAUGAUCUUUUCCUCACAGAAUCAGUGGAGAGUUGGCGGGAAACGUACGCUCGUCCCUCGUCACGUCUCACCGAAAGCCUCAGCAAAGUCAAAGCAGAGCUCAUCAAGGGAGAUCUUUUGUCUUCGCAGGGUUUUUGUCAGACACUCGCGGCCCAAGAAACUGGCAAAGUGGGAAAUAGGAUUUAUUCGCACAUCAAAGAGAUUGUGACAAAGAGCCAGUCUGCUCUUCGCCAAGUUUCCACAGAAUAUGAAUCAGCGCAGAUCUCAGACCAUCCGGGCUAUGUCACAUUCUUAGACGGUGGUAUCUUUCUCGCUGCUUCGAACGAGGAGAGGGCCGCGGAUUGCGUUGCAGAGGAGGACGAUCACGAGCUCAAGAUUCACGACAGCAUCCUCGCGGCGGAAUUCAAUAAGAAGAACAAUCUAAAGGCCUUCUUUGAUAAUAUCAAGAAGGCGAUAGGUGCUGCCACUAGCACACUUUACAAUGACCCUUGUCGUAGACACGUCUAUGCGAUGACACUCCAAGGCAAGCAACUGCGCAUGUGGUACUUCUGUCGCUCUCACAUCGCCAUCUCGCUCCCAUUCAACAUCCACAAAGCGCAAGACGACUUCCUUCUGUUCCUCUUGUUCCCCAUUUCGCCAACCAAAGAAGAACUUGGAUUCGAUCCUACCGUCGUUCGCGUCAUCCGACGCACGGGGGCGGUCUUUCGCUACAAGGUUGGCGACGUCUACUAUGAGACUGUACGAAAGGUUAUUCUGGACGGCGCGGGGUGGCGCGAGGACGAGAGGGACAAGGAACUACAUGUUUUAAGAGACGUCUGGCUUUAUCACGGGUCGACAAUGGAGAAAGAUAUUCAGGACCAAAUCUUCGGCAAGUUCGACAAGGGAACUCGAGAGAAAGUCAGGCCGCACUUCCUCACUAUCCUCCAAGAUGUAGAGGUAUCUUUCAAAACGAAUGGUGUUGAACGAAAAGACGUGACUCCACUUGCGACUGGUCUGUCGAUCUCGAAGGGAUCCCGAGUUAGCAAGGCCCCCCUAGAUCAAGGCGCUUCCAAAAUGUCUUUCCAACCUUCUCGUGAAGCACCCAAGGCCCGCAUCCACGUCCGUACAGUCUUCAAUGAGUGCUGUGAACCCGUAUACGACAUUGCAGACAUUGUCACCCUUGCGAAAUGUCUUGACGGCGCAAUCGUUGGCUUGGACUAUCUACGACAAGCAGGGUUUGUUCAUCGGGACAUUAGUGGCGGCAAUAUUCUCUGCUACGCUCCGGAACGAUCAGAAGAUACGACGGCGGCGGUCAAGGCCACAGGCAUAGGUAAGAUCGCUGAUCUUGAAUACUGCCGGCCGUACGAGGACAGCGAGCCCAACGAACCUAUAACGGGCACACCGUAUUUUCUACCCACCGAAUACUCAACACAAACCUAUCAAUUCUUUCCUCCUGAAAACGACGGCCCCGCCCAGAAAUUCCUCUUCAACCAUGUCCCCACGUCCCUCCUAGUUGCGGAUAAAGGCUUCCAGAAAACUGCUAAAUCUCUCCGGGCCUCUGCCUCUCGCUGGUUUGCUUGCGUAGAUAACGCGGCACGGAUUUCUAUGAUUAAAGGGGGUUGCCACGAGGAAUGGCGCGAACUGAGGGAAUUCUGGGCGAUGACUGGGACCUCCCCCGCUCCUUUUUUGGAGCAAGUCCAGACAGUGGACAUUCGGCAAUCGUUUGUUUCCGCACAGAGAGCUGCAGAAGCAGGAACCGGAUAA